UAUGAAGUCAAGAUGGCGGGUUUUCGCAGAAGAAUUGCGUUUUUUAAUGGAAGAAAACAACCAACUAUAGCGUUUUGCCUUCAUGCAAAUGAUGCCAGAGGGCAUCAAGAGAUUUUGCGAAGUCUGUUCAAAAUCUGGCCGAAUUGCACGACUCAAACGUUUUCAGAUCAGCUUUGAUGAGGCGAUUUAUAUGUGUGAAUAUGAUAGUUGUACCAACGAGAUCCACUGUAAGGACGUUAUCCGGCGCCACGUCUCUCAGAUUCCUGUGAUCACUGCGUCCCGGAAACGAGCUCUCAUCGCGUCGGGGAAAGUCCGACGAUUACGUAGCCUGACGUCUUCGCCAACCUUCUCUCGCUCGUCGAGUCCAGGCAGCACCCCGAGAGAUCUGUCGCCCAACUUGGACUUCUCCACGCAGCUGUUCAUCCCUUCAUCCCAAAAGCCAGAGACUCAGUUUGAGCCCAUUGGCAAGCCAGAACGUGAACUUGCGUCCAUUUGUAGUGCACGCAUAGAACAGGAUUCUUGUGUUAAUAGUGGUUGUUUCAAUUUCGAGCAGUUGCUGUUGACGGGCAAAGGAUCGUUUGAUGACAUUCUGGGAAUGGAUUUGGAUAGAGAAGUGGCCGAUAUUAUUUCGGGACCAAGUAGUGCUAAUUCGAGUUUAAGUGGUGCCUCGUUCGUUAACGGUGGAGACAAAAUGAGUGGUGACACGACAAAUAUGGAUACGCUUGAUUCGAAUGUGACUGAUAUGACAAUGUUCACCUGUAGUAAUGCCAGUGCUAGUGAGAUGGGUAACGGUACAAAAAAUGUUGAAUCCAGUGAUGCUUCUGUUAAUAGUAAUACACUCCAGCCCGGAAACCCUGCAGGUGUUGACGAUGUGACGUCGAUGAUGAUGAUAUCGGCCGAUCAAUCUCUGAUGCAGACAGACAAGUCAAAUUCUCAGUUUUUAGACAUCCAGGAUGGAAGUCUGAAUGUCGCUGGAGCUGACCAGCCAUCCGUGAACGAAGAUAUUUUGCGUGUCCAGGAUAUCUCCAGUGUCGAGGUGCCACAGGAAAUCAUAAGUUCAAGUGUUGAAGAAUCCGUGUGUGUUGAUCAGAGCGGAACAGGAAACACAAACAAAUGUCAAGGUGAACUUAGUAGUGCCAUUGUGGAAUCAAGCAGCAGCAUGGAGGGUUUUCCCGUCUCCUCGGCGGCUGAUGCUGCUAACAGUUACGAAAUGCCCAGUGAGGGUAAUGUAGACAAUGCAGAAAUGGCCAGUGUCGGUCAGGACUCUGAGAUGAUGAUGGGGGACAUGGUGGAUUCACAGAGUGCUUCGCUCGGUCAGUCGGAGGUCAGUAACGACAGUGUCCCCAAAGAGUACAUGAACAUGGCUUACAGCGACGCAUCUAAUCAGGAAUGUGACACGAUGAACAGUGAACAAAUGACAUUCGACGAAACGCAGACGAUGGUUUCGGAGUGUGACGCGAUAGUGACGUCUACAGAAGACUCUGUGGAAGAUGGAAGUGUUGUAGGUGAUGGCAUGGCUUUCGUCUCUGUGGAAGGCAAUAAGGAGAGCAUCAGUGCUUCAGAUGCUGCUACGGAGUUCGUUAAUCAGGACGAACCUGCUAGUAUAGACGAUUCACAGGGUCAGAAUACGUCUGACACAACUGAUGCCAGCAAUACACUGAUGCAACAGAUUCAGGAUCAGGAUGUGGAUGGUGACACAAAAGAAUACACAACCACCAAUAGCAUUGUUAUGGAAGAACCUAUGGGUGGUUGCCAGACUGAAGGUAGUGAGAACACGAUAAAUGAUAUGGUUACAUCAGCUGAAGAAGGUGUGGGGUCACAGCAGUAUGUUACAGACAGUUUCGUGGAUUCCGAUCACAUAACCACAGCCGAAGUGAACGAUCAGUUUUUCUCCGACAUGACUAAUAUGACCGAGGAAAGGACCGAGGAUGAAGAGAACAAUGUGGAAGGCGGCGGCAUCAUCACAGAAGGUGGUGUCGCAGAAACACACGUCUUACAAGAACAAGCUACAAUAGAUUCAAGUCACAUAGCAGACCAAGACACUGGUGAAAAUAUUUCUACAGAGGUGGUUCAGGGACAACCGGCAGUGGAAGAUAGUCUCGGUGAACACGUUACUACCGACGUGAUUCAAGGAGAGUCGACGGUGGAAGGAAGUGUUUCUACAGAAGAAGCAAAUCUGGUCAGUGAAGAUGUUGAAAGAGAAGGCGUAACCGAGGCUGAUCAGCUGACAAUGGAAAGCCAUGUUGUUCCUGGAAAUGAGACGGAAACGAUGCAUAUCAUGACACAACAGGCCGCGGUGGACGGUGCUGUCGGAGUUCCUGAGGUGGAUACAACAUCGUUCGAAGGAGACAGCGUUGUUGAUGACAGUCAGUUGAUGAUGCAGCAGGGGGUUGUAAUGUCUCAAGACACUGGUGAGAAUUUGACAGCAGAAGCUGUCGUUGGUGCAGAUCAGUCAGUCUCGGAAGGUGAUGCCGUUUCUCAGACCACUGAUGCAGAUUCGAUGCACUUAACUGCUAUUGGUGCCGAUCAGAUGUCGGUGGGAAACAUAGCAGCUGGUGUAGCAUUUGUUAGUCAGUCUUUAGCAGCUCCGGCUACGGGAGACUACACUUUUGUCAACUCUGUCACAUCCAUUGAGGAGACGACUCAACCUGAAGUGAUGACUGAUGGUGACACUGUUCCAAGUUCGGUUAAUGAAAAUCAGGUUUUGGCAGCCAAAAAUCAGCCCACAUUAGAGGGCAACACAGUUACGUCAUUAACUGAUUCCGAUGUUUCUGGUGUGUCCAAUUCUUUAGAAAGCACCGCAGUUUCCGGCUCUUGCAUUCCUGCUGAAGCUAAAGUUACCAAAGACAGUAUUCAGACCACAACAACACAUCCACAGAAUGCCCGUUCAAGCAUGGCCGCAGUGUCAAAAACAAAGGUGUCCCUGCCACCUCAAAAAUCCAGUACCGCGGGUAAUUCUAUGUCCUUUCAAGACGUUUUCAUGCAAGCUAUUGCACAGAAGUCUGCGACCACGGCUUCUGUGUCCAAAGAACAGAAGGCUGCCCCGAAGGGUUCCAAGGUGGAAACGUAUCGGCAGUCAGCGGUGGAAACUGCGAACGCUCUAGUCGAGUUGGGCAACCUUCCUGGUAAGACGGCGGCAACUGUUGUGAGUGCCACGACACCACCUAAUGUAGGUAUGUUGACCACACAGACUAUGGAAACCUCCGCCACCAUGAUGGAUGCUGGAGAGGCUGAACUACAAGAAGCUGGUGCACUCAGUCAAGCAGAGACCUCCGAAUCACUGGCUUUCCAGAUGCUGACUGCUGGUUUGGCCCCACAGUUUCCUUUCACUCCGGCCAAGGAGGACGGAACGGAGGAAGACGGCGUCACUGACGGCACACAGACGUCAUCUGUCGGACAGGCGUCUGGUCCAAUUGCCAUGGAAACCAAUGCAGGUGAGGCCCAGCCAGCCGAUAUUUUGCAGCAGUCGAUGGAAGCCAUUACACUGACCCCGGAGCAGCUGCAGCAGCUGACCCUAUCUUCAAACAGCGCAGCAGUGCCCACAGGUCAAACUGAAUACGGAGCAGCCAUGACGGACGGCGGCUCAUUGGUGGCUAGCAGCAGUGCAGGCCAGACUUACCAGAUUCAGACAUCGGAUGGAUCCACCGAGCAGCUAACUCAGACCAUUCUGUCUCAGAUGAUGCAGCAGGGCCAGCUGUCGGAAUCCGGCAGAGUUGAGGGACAGCAGACGAUCUCCAAAGAGCUGCUCGAGAAGCUGACCGCCCAGUGUUCCGUGGGAUCGACGAAAACAUUAAUAAUGCAGGGUCCCGGCCGAUCGGUCCUGCAGACCGUGACUCUGUCUCAGCAGCAGCAGCAGCAAGGUGAAACGAUGAUGCUGCCUGUCUCCGUCACUGCGUCGUCGUCUCUGGUCGCGGCGGGGCUGCUGAGUACGUCGACACUGCUUCCACAGAUCACAACCAUCGCCGACAGCGAGUUGAUCAUAGCGAACCUGCUGGUCGGCGCGAUCGCUGGCGGCGGUCAGGAGGAAGAGGUGCAGAUUCCGGAGGGGGUGCUGGUCAACGUGCUGCUCCAGUGGCAGAACAAGGAUGCCAUGUGCUGGCUGGACGUGGUCAUGUGCCUCCUGUGCAACAGCUUCACGAUGCAGGAGCGCAUCAACAGUGAUGCUGAAGGCCAACUACAAGACACUUUACUAAUGACAUUAAUGAAGGCCUACCAACAGGCUCAGGACAUCGUACAGAAACUAUCCAUCAUGAAGCUGUCGGGAAGCAGUGAAGACGGUUCGGGGAUCGCAAACGGAGGAACCAGUGCGGUAGCGGGCAACGUCUAUAGCGAACAGGCGACCAGUGACUUCUGCGCCGCUGCCGGCGGUGACGUCAGCAGUGCGAACGGGAAAUCGAAAAAUCUCGCUGGCGAACUGGCCAAAAAGGUGAUGGAGCAGCUGAAGGAGGCCGCCACAGUGUUGGACGAUAUCCGCGAGAAGAUGUGGGACGCGAUGCAGCCGAGGUUGCGGUGCGAGCGGGGCAAGAACGACAGCCCGGUGAUCGCCCUGCCACUGCUGGUGCGCGACAACGCCACCCUCAAGGAGAUGUUCCGCAUCGAGUACAGCUUCUCUUUCGUUUGCGAGGAGUGUGGCUACACGCAGCUCGACCCCCACUCGAAGAUCCUGCCCUCCUUCCCAACUGUGGCGACGGACUUCAGCAUGGCCGAGCCCAGCUUCAUGAGGAAGUGCUUCGAGUGCAGCGCUCCAAACCAAAGAAUGAGAAUGCAGUACAAGAGCCUACCCGAUAUCCUGCUGCUGCAUUUCACCCAGGGAAUACCUCACAAUAACUUCAAAGAGCUGGAGUUUGAGUUUGACGGUCAAUACACGGUCACCGGGGUCGUGCAGUACAAGAACAACCCCGACCACUUCGUCACCUACAUCCGCAAUGGGCUUGAACACCAAUGGCUAGAGUACGACGACCUCAAGUCGACCUUGUGCCAGUUCAAAGACAUGACUCCUUGUAUUCCACCCGACCAGAUCCACAUUGUUAUGUGGGAGAAGGACCUGAUGCCAGCAUCGUCUCGACCCCGCCAGAACACUGUGCUGUCUGAGCUCCUGACGUCGGACUUCAUGCCCGUUCCUCUCAUCCCAGUGCCGGGAAUGCCUCUGUGCUCCUUGCCUGCCAUUGGAACCGUCAUCACCACCCCAAACGUGGCCAUACUGAAACGGGGACCGAAGAGGAAAGUAGAAGUGAGCCUCGGUUCGCAUUUGGUGACCACAAACGUCGCCACUAACGUAACGGCAAAUUUGACCGUGGCAAAGACGAGCCUUCCGUCGAUGGAGCAGCUCCUGCCAGGUUUGAACCCGAUCACCGCCAGUUCCGGCAUGGAAACAUCGGGAUCCCUCAUCCAGAUCUCUUCUCCGAGUCAAGCAAUACAGAUGAAGACAAUUGGAACCACCGCUGGGUCGAACGAUUCCAGUCAGCAACCGUCGCGCAAGGUGAAAGUGUUUAUCAUGAAACCUGGUUCUGGGGCUGUGGGGACGAACACGUACAAUACGGAAAACAUGAGGAACAUUCUUCAAGCCAAUCAGAACAUUGUGCUACCGCAGGAAGUGUCAGCCGGUCGCGGUAGAGGAAGGGGGCGUGGUCGGGGAAAGAUUCAGCAGAAGCCUCCUGUCAUGGGCAGCAAGUCGAAGAUGUACGUCGUCAACAUGGGCAAAUCGAUGGGUCAGAAAGGAUCUCUAGCGGGAGUUGUAACGAAUCGCGCCGAUGUGGAGACGGAAGCAGCUGUUUCUGGUCUGGUGUCUAGUGCGUUUGAAACAGACCAGCAGAUACUGAAUGACGGCAACAUCCAGCCCGGUGUGACUCCUGCUGGCACCGGGGCGCAGAUUAUUGUCCGAAAAUUAGAUUCUCAGAACCGGACUGUCGGGCGGCAGGUGAACAUAUCGAAUGUGGCCACGACGAACAAGAAUGGCGACAGUGUAAUCAGUGCCGAACUCCUGCAGCAUCUGAUUAAGAACAAGAUAAUACCUCAGAGCAAUGAUCCCAACUCUAAGAUUGUCAUAAGCAUCGUCAAGAAAACCGCGGAUACGGGACAGGCAAAGAAAGUUGUAACCAGCCGAGGUAUGGGGAACUAUACCUAUAGUCAAGGUACGUCUCUGUUGAAAAUGGACUCAAAUACUACUAACGCGAGCCACUCAUCAUCCCUUGCCGCCAAUCCGUUGACGUACAUCACUGUGAAAAUGGCCGAUGGUAAAUUAUCCAUGCUGAAAACUCCUCCAAGCAGUACUGGCAAUGUUCAGACUUUCUCGAAAUCUGUGGGCCGUGGAAGUAAAGCCACUGCCACUGCAACCAGUCUGCUACAGCUGAGUCAGAACGUAAAGGAGACAACUGGGGUUCAGGAUGGUGGUCUGUCGGGCAUGAGGCAGAUCUUGCCGGGGACCUCUCUGUUGAAUCCUCCACAAACUGCACAGUGUAUCACCCAGGAAUCUCUGGACAGUCUCGCACAGCAGCUGGUCACGGGAGGAGCAGAAGGCUUUUCCGUACUCAGCGAUCCAAACGCCCAACCAGGCGACAUCAUCGGCGGCGAUAAUAACGUACCCAUGGAUACGUUGCCUGUGUCAACUGGAUUUGGAAUAGCCGACGGUAGUGUAGAAAUGACGCCCGGUGCUGUUGAAGAGAUGGCAGCGGUAGCAACAGAAGAGGGCGAGAUCCCCAUCUAUUCUGGUUUGGAACCGAUCGGCUUUGAUGCGGUCCAGCAGUCGGAGACGUCAGCGUUUUCCAAUAUGCAAGAGGCUCCUCGGGCUGAAGCUGUUGGGCCUCCGUCGGCAGAAAAGGCUCAGUAUUUUCUUAAGGCCAUCACCCAGAAGCUGAGCACGACAAUCCUGUCUGAAAACUCUCCAGCAGUUAAACAAACAGCUAUUGCUGCGACUACAGAAUUGUCGGAUGUACCCAUUGAACAAGCUCUGACAUCAGAGGUUCCCAUUGAGCAAGCUCCAACUUCGGAAGUUCCAGCCGAACAAGCUGUAGAACAGAUGGCAAGCUUGGGCAUACCCCUCGAACAGGCCAUGGAGCAGACGGCAGUGGGGUCUUCGGUCGAGGAUGUUGCUUCCCUUGGAACAAGCACUCUCCCAACACAGUCGUUUCAGCAGAUACCAUCCUCGACAAUGGCAACAGUGUCCACCGCUUCGAUGUCUCUGAUUUCUAAUCUGUCGGGAGGAACACCCAAGAACAUCAGUCACAAGUCCAUUCUGCAGAACGUCAACAAGACGGUUGAGCCUGAUACGAUCAAUGUGAACAUACCACGGAACCCCGACUUGACGAAGAGAACCAGCAACCUGCUGGAGCAGACUCCCGAGCGCACGGAAAUGAUUUACAUCCAGACGGCCGAGAUGGACGGCUACAAGAGGGCCGUCUCCGUGAAGCCGGGAAUGUCGUACCUGGAAGCCAUCAAACCCUUCCUGAAAUCCUCGUCCAACAAGACGAAAAUAAAAGUCCAGACAUUCGACAGCUACCGAACGAAGGUGGCUACUGCAACAGCCACCACGUCCACUUCGGCCAUGCAGACCGGUUUGGACGAUGGUAAACAAUCCAUAUCAGGAUCACCAGCCAUGAAAAUCACGCUGCCACCAAAGCCGAUGAUGAACAUUGUAGCCGGACAACAGGUGUCUGGUAGAGGCAGGGGCAGAGGACGGGGGAGGGGUAGAGGCCGAGGCAGGGGAAGCAGCUACACCAGUGCCGAACCCAUCAUAAUGUCUGAUUUGUCCGAUGGUAGAAGAAUCAUAUCUGUGGAUCGACCUGGUAUGGCAGGAAAAGCUCAAGGCUCGGCAUAUGUUGAUGACGUGAGCCAAAUAGUCGGCAAGUCUUCAUUUCCGGUUACUUCUGGUACCACAACGAGACAGAUUCACGUUACGAAGAACGCUGAUGGCAAUAUCAUUCUUUCGACUCCGAUGUCGACACAUAGGAGUUCUACGUCUCCCGAGAAGAAAUAUGUGAUACAGAGUAUCGGACGUGGUGACACUCCAGUUACCCUGAGCUCUGAAAGUUUGCUGUCCUCGUCUCUGUUGGGAAAAUCAACGGGAGGCGAUUCCUCAAUGGUUGUCCGUCUUCAAGGAAAAGGAUCGUCUACUGUUCAAGGACUGGUGUCGCCCGGUAAAACUGAAACUGCUGUCGCCUCGGCAGCGCCAACCACAUCGCCAUUGCACAUCCUUCCUGAUGGCCGCAUCGUUCAGAUAAUUCAGAAACACAGACAGAUCGUGAAAUCAUCACCCCUCUCAUCGUCAACAGUGACCACACCCACACUUCCCACGUUCAGCCUCACCUCGUUGGGCAGCACAAUUCAGGUUCCAGUUUCCGCGACAUCAGAAUUGACAAACAUUCAAGCGGAAGUGCCCGUAUCCGCUGAAAACAUCAUUCAUGACAUGCCUAACCUCGACGCCUUGCAGUCGGUGCCAUCGGUUGCAGACGGUUCUUUAACAAGUGUUUCCAUGGAAACGGGCAGCGCUGAAACGAUUGUGUCCAUGUCCCAGGAUGAAAUGGCAGCGGGUGUGCUUUCGCCAGAUCAGACCGUUCAGAGUGGUGUCGGGGAAAGCAUCUUGCAGUCUUCUGAAGUGGUAGCAGCUGCUUCAAAGCAAAUGGAAGAUCAGUCUGUCUUAGCCCAGGCUGCCGAACUGAUGUUGGCAAACUCCACCAGUGUUUUAGUGUGUAGUCCAGUCAAGAAGAGUGAAACCACCACAGCAGCAGAAAUGCUGGACAGUGUGCCACUCGAGAGUCACACGUUUGUCACUCUGAGUUCAUCCACAAUGGCAUCGGAAACAUUGACGACGCAGGCCGGCGAUUCGGUAGAAGGGGCAGAAGCAAUGAAACAGAACGAACUGCCACCACUGUCGUCGACAAAACGGCAAGACACGGCUACACCUACAACUUCUGCCGCGAGGGCAUCCCUCUUCGACACAUUCGCUGCACCAGACAAAGUCGCUCAGGCACUCGCCAAGGCUCAGGAGAAAGCAGCUAUUGCCCGAGCAUUGUUAAACGAACUGCCCAAAGGAGGCUCUCCCGUUCUCAUCCAUUCCAGCCAAGUCCCAAAACUGCAGACUUCAUUGUUAAAAGGUAGCACCGUAAGUGUUGUUGCAGAUACUGUGUCUCUGCCAGCAGGUGGCAAAAUGCAGAGUCCUAUAAAAGAUGCAGUAGCGGCUACUGUAGGGAUGGAGGUUGGUAAGAAAGUGUCGGAGAAGUCCGUCUUACAAGGUGCUGUGACUGUAAAGAAAAGUCUGCUUCUUUCACCUACUAGUCCCACAAAGUUGGUCCUUGCAUCAGGAAACAAGUCGGAUGUCACUACACCUGCCCUUUCUGGGAGUCCAGUUAAGGGCCGGCCGCAUAAAGAUGUUGUAGUCAUUCCUGACGAAUCUCCUCCAAAAGUGCAACAGAAGGGACUGCUAAAAUCUGAUGAGGCUUCUCCGAAACUAAUUCUAAAAGCUAAAGACAGGAGACCAUCCAAAGAUGAAGCUUCAGUUAAACAAAGUAAAACCAAACUUGUUGAAUCUGAUGAAUUGCCCACUCUUAUGACACCGAAAGAACGGGCUCGGAGAUUAUCAAAGGCAGACGACAAGCCUGUUGAAGACAGUCCUGUGGAUGUUCAGUCAAGAUCUCGUGGUAAAUCGCCAACAUCAAAAGACCAUUUGUACAUUUCGAAAAAGGAAAAACCAGGUAUUCAGAAUGCAAAGAGUCCUGUUGCGGCACAGAAAGUGACAAUUACAAAAGACGCUAAAAAUCCAUUAAAGAGAACAUUACCUGCAGACGAGGAACCGGUCAAAAGACCGAGAGGCAGGCCGCCAAAGAUAGCUCAGACAGCAAAUGUUAACAUUGGAGUCAAGCGACCAGCAUCACCAGCAGACAGUUCAGUGCCCACGAAGGUCCAGAAGUUAUCUGCUGCUAACAGCAGUGGUGUUAAACUUGCCAGCCCUGCUGCUCGAAAAGGCAGCAUUUCGGGUAAAGGCACCGACAGUAAAACUGCCAGUCCAGUCCCAGCUGAAUCCAAGUCGAAAGGCAGAGGCCGAGGUGUGGCCAAGCAGACACCAGCGACUCCACCAACUCCUGGUGGAAGAGGAAGAGCAAAGGGAGUUAAAUCUCAGACACCAGAACGUCCUGGUAAAGAGGACACCAGUUCUCCAAUCUUGUCUCCAGGCGGGAGACCAAGACGGGCGUGUGGACGACCAGCAAGAUUUAAGGAUGACGAAGAUUGAAUGCCUUUAUGAUGGUCAUGCAUCACAAGUUAGAAAAAAAAAUCCUAACCCAUCUCUAUUGAAUGUCCAGCUAGAUUUAAACAUGAUGAAGACUGAAUUCGCAGGACAUUAUAAAUGUUUUGAAAACAUUGGUGCAUGCCUUAAAAAAGAUGAUAUUUCAACAUGAUGGUGUUUUGUCGGCCGAUCCAUCAGAAAGGUUGAAAGACUUGUUGUGGGUGUGGAUGAUUUUAAUGCCUGUGUGGCCAAUGCAAUUGAACUGAUGCUCUCUGCACCCAUCCAGCUGGAGUCGAGGAUUUGGAUGGCUGACAUUCUUUGUGAUGAUCUGUCAGAUAGUUGAGCCAUCUUGUUCAGGAUGUAAUCGUGGUUUCUUAACAACCUGUUGAUCUGAAGUAUUGUCCUGUGGAGACAUUCGUGGAUCUAAACGUAACGGCAAGGAUCACCACCUCCUUGUUUGUUCGUCGGAAAGACUGAUAAUCGUGGAUUAUAAGAGCAGCUAUGAUCAAAAAAAGCUAAUUAGAUGUUGGCUUGUUGCUUGCAAGUCCCAACGAGAAGAAGAAGCGUCAUCAUUUGUGUUGGUCCAAAGGUUUUGCCUGUAUGCAUUACAGUGUGGAUAAAGCCAUGUACAGUCAGGGACUUUUUUAACUGGAUCACUUGCAAUGAACCUUCACUGGAUCCUUUGAAAAAUGGCAGAGUGGUGAAAAUAGCAGAUGGGACAGUGAGUGUGUGGAAUGUUCAGCUCAUUCGGUGUGUGAUAUCGGCUGAUUAAUAAGGGCAGCAACAAAAUCAUGUAUGGGUUUUUUUCGAAUUUUUUAAAAGUUUUUUGUAGUUUUUUUUUUAAGGUUUGAGACUGGUUGGAAUGUGUGAAUCAAGUGAUUCAGGUUUCAGACAAAACAGAGUUAUGAUUAAUAAUCAAGACUUGUUUCUAAGCCAGAAUAGACGGACAUACAGACAGUUCAUAGGACUACUUUUGUACCAGCCCAGAUUUGUAGGGCCCAAUCUAAUGAACAAGCACCCAGUAGUUCCAAGCCAAUAAUAUGUGGUUGGACUUGUACCAAGGUUUUUUUUACUGUUAUGUUUUUGACCACAGGAUGCAAGUAUGACAAUUUUAUUAAAAUAACAGGAAAUUGAUAUUGGUGAUUGGAACUGAAGAAAAGAUAUGUUUCUUCAUUUUGUUCAGAAAACACGACUGGAAUAUUUUCAAAACGGACCUGAAGUUUGAAUGAAAACCUCAGACUGCACAGGAAAAUAACGCAUGUGACAUCGGGUUUCCGUAGUUAAGACAGUAAGAACUCUUCUCUGUGAAGUGUAAUUCAAGACUUCAGUUCACCCACAUUCUACUGUUAAAUAAUUAGACUGUCGGUAAAUAUAUAUAUAUAUAUAUGUUGGUAUAUAUUCUAUUUGAGAAAUGUUUUGCAUUGUUAAGUACAUGGAAUUAAUGUGCGGGUUGUAUCAUGUGCUAACUGAUCGUUUUAUCAUAACAUUGUUGCAACUACAACAACAUAAUGUUCAAAAUAUGAUAGUGGAGCGAUUUCACAUUUUCAUAGAUAAUGUCGGUAUUAGUGAAGCACCAAAAUCUGGAUGGUAGUAUUUGAACAUAAUUGUAACCAUGGUAACAGUAACCAUGCCCUUUUUUUUCUUUUUCUUUUUAAGAGUAGCUGCAUAUAUAAACUUCUGUCGGAAAAUGCAGAACUUGAACCAUAUUUGUUUGAUAAAGCACAGACAUAAAUUGAGAACUGAUUAUAUAAGGCCAUUAUGUGGAAUUUUUUGUCAUAGGAAGCUCUGCCUAGUUUCCCGAAAAUGAAGUAUUGUGGAAAAAUUAUGCUGGGGGGGGGGGGGGGGGGGGGGGGGGGGAGGAAGUAUGUAUUCCAUAUCAAUUCAAUCACUUUUAAGACCCCCUCCAAAUUUCAAGGAAAUUUAGUACAUUUGAAGUAGUUUUAAAAAAAAAUAACAAUUGAAAAAAGAAAGAAAAAGACCAUCAGAACCAAAAUGUUAGACAACUUCACUAGUCUUUGAGAUAAAGGUUUUUCAACUUUGACCUCAUUAAGUGUACCAUCCAUUUCCAAAAGACUGAAACUUUUUUUAAAAUGUUUUUUCACUUCAUGAAGAUAGAGACGACAAUUUUGGGAGAUUCUUCUUUUAAUAUUUUAAUUUAAUGCCAGCUAAAUAAUAAUUCUAAGCCAUUUAAGAUUGCUAUUGGUGAUUUUUCAAGCUUGCAUCUGUUAAGAUGGUGGGGAGGGGUUGGGGUGGGGCAUACUUGGCACCUCCCACUUAGUAUGGGUCUCAAAUAAUGAACAAUUUGUUGGGAAAUAUUUGCUAAGUGAUAAUAAUUAAAAAGUAACAUUCUGAUUGGUCAUUUGAAAUUCAGACAUUUAGUCAAAUGAUGUGAAGUCGUAAUGAAUCCACAAGAUUUCAUCAUCUGUUUGUGUUAAAAGUUUUUUUUAGCCCUGCUGGUAAUUUGUUCAAUAUACCAUCAUUUGAUGCCUUAGGUUUUUAUUACCAAAACCCUUCACAAGAACUAUAUGUAAUUUAAAAACAAGAUCAUGUAAACAGGAGCUACGUUCAGCUUAAACCUUGUUACUUUUCCUGGGAUGUGUUUUUGAAUGUAGAACAAGUAAACUGUUACGACAAUUUGACCCUCAUAUUGUCUGGACAGCUUAGUUUUAACUCUGUAGGUGCUUUGCCUUUCCCUUAUUGACUGACUACAUUUUUCCGGUCUCAGUGUCUGGUAUAUUAAAAGUGUUUUAAGUACAUUGAUAUUGUCCUGAAGUUGACUGGGAACAUAUAGGCAGCACAUUCAACACCACAGACAUCCAAUCCCACAUUACAACUUGGUAUGAAAUACAAACAUUACUAUGCUAGUUGUGAAUUAAAUUUGGUCUACAA